CCUUUCGCCAGCUCGAUGCUCGGUUCAAUCAAGCUGUGCCAGGGCAAGGUACCCCAUCUGCCGCGGCAUGAGACAGGCUACAGAGGCACAGUAUACACACCUGUCAUGUGCGGCUGCCAGCCCUCGCACCUCGCCCGGAACAGCCACACUCAGUCCUCCGAACAAACUGCUGUUCGAAUACGGCGGAAACAUCGUCGUGUUGGCCAACGCAGGCGCGGUCUCGCGGAAAUCAACCGUGAAGACCUCCGAGUCUCCGCCUUCCUGCACCGGCGGAAUGCGGACCGUCAUGAAGCCUCCUCCGCCGACACCCGAACUGGCAGCGCGUCAACUCGGGGAAGCAUAUGCAUCUUUGGGUGGAACCGAACGAACGAGAACAUGUUGACCUAGCGGGCGGCUGUUGAGCGGGAGCGAGAGCGGAGAAGCGAACAUAGCAUCCUCACAGUGCCUAUGCAGAAUGUCGCGGCCACCGCAGCGUCGACGGCGUUUCCGCCUGCGGGCGAUGAGCCAAGCGGGAUCGCAGGCAGUCAGAACGGAGAGGAGACCGCACCAGCUUUGAGAACAUCAACACCGAUAUCCGAGCACAGUACAUUCUCCGUGGCCACCGCGCCGUGCCGUGCCUACCCCGACGCAUGAGAGGCUUGCGCCGAUAAGAGGACGCGAGGACUGACCUUGACGAGCAUCGCGAAUGUACGCGUAACCGACGAGCAGGAGGACCAGCAACGUGAUGGACCGCAACAGUCGCGCUAUCGUGAGGCGGCGGACACGAGGAGGCUGUUCAUCGGGCUGAGUCUUUGUCGAGUACACCGGGAGAGCGUCCGAGUCCGAGUCCCUGGUGGGACCAAGCUUCCUGUCGAACAUGGCACGAGCAA